CGCUUUCACUUCCUCAGCUGAAAGCCAGCUGGGUGCUGCAGCAGAAGCCGACCCGCUUGUUUUUCAUUUACAGCAUGACGGCAGCACAGGCAGACCGGACCGGACCGCAGUGAGUUCGGCUGUUAUCGGGGCUAAAAGCGGUCCGGAGAAGAAAGAGCAGCAGCAGCAGCAGCGGGUGUUGGCGUGGCUCCUUCAGGAGAGGACAGACUGUGAGAAUGGGCCGGGUGGAGGAAGCCAGAGUCUCGUGCCUUAACCUCCUCACGCGCCACAGAGAGCUGCUGGUGUCCACGCUCAGGAGCAUUCAGUGUCUCCUGGAUAACCUGCUGGCAAGUGGCUUCUUCUGUGAGGAAGAUGUGGAGAUUGUUCAGCGAACUGUGACCAAAGCAAAUCAGGUGCGCAAAAUCCUUGAGCUGAUUCAAUGCAAAGGAGAGGAAGCCUGCGAAUACUUUCUUUUUAUUUUGUAUAAAGUACGUGAUGCGUAUAUAGACCUGCAGCCAUGGCUAAAAGAGAUCGAUUACAAGCCCAGCAGAGACAUAGGAGAGAUGAAAGUGGUGAACACCGACCCAAUCAGCAGGUACAGUGAGAAGCAGCGACAUGAGAUGAGCCGAGACAGCAGUUUCAUCAUGUCUUAUGGCCAGCAAGAUGAGACCCGCUUGGAAGAACUUUACACCGACACCGUGAUGGAGCUCCUCAACGACUGUAAUGAAAGUCUUGGCUUUGUAGAGAGUCUGGACCAGCUACUGGGAGAGGACGGGGUUUUUAAUCCCCAAGGUGAAAUCAUCUAUGUGAUGGGGGAUGCUGGUGUUGGGAAGUCCAUCCUUCUGCAAAAGCUCCAGAACCUCUGGUCCAAAAAGGAGCUGCAGACAGAUACCAUCUUCUUUUUUAAGUUUCGCUGUAGGAUGUUCAGCAUCUUCAAGGAAGCAGAGCAGAUGUCCCUCAGGGACCUUUUAUUCAAAUACAACUGUUACCCAGAUCAUGAUCCAGAUAACGAAGUGUUUGAUUACAUCCUGCGAUUCCCUGAGAAGGUGGUGUUUACCUUUGAUGGCUACGAUGAGAUUCAGGAGGACAUAGACCUGACCAAUGUUCCUGAAGUCGUGUCCCCAGAAGACAAGGCAAACUCCCUGCAGCUGCUCCUCAGCCUGCUCUGUGGAAAGCUACUCAAGGGCUCCAAAAAAAUACUGACCACCCGAACUGGGAUUGAAAUGCAAAGCCGAGUCAUCAGGAAGAAAGUCGUUUUGCGCGGAUUUUCUCCAGACCACCUAAAGACGUACAUCAAUCUGCACUUCAAGGAGCAGGAGCACCGGGACCUGGUGUCGGUCCAGCUGGAUGCCAGCCCCCACCUCUGUGGCCUGUGCUCCACCCCACUGUUCUGCUGGAUCGUAUUCAAAAGCUUUAGACACCUGCAUACGAUGCACGAUGUUUUCCAUCUGCCUGAAACCAGCAUCACCCUAACAGACAUAUUUCUGCUGCUGUCUGAGGUCUUCCUCAGCCGUUUGGUCGCCCCUGCCUCUUCUUUGCUGAAGAAGAGCGUCCGCUGCACCUCGGAGACCUUCAGAGUGGGGCUCAGGCCCCUCGCCGGCUUUGCUAAGCUGGCUUUGCAAGGUUUGGUGAGAGGCAGUUUUCUGUGCAGCCGUGAGGAGCUCAGUGAGUGUGGUCUAACGGAGGAGGACCUGGCCCUGGGUUUCCUCAGACCCGUCAGCGACUUUGAUGCCGGCGAAGCCCCCGCUACCUUUGAGUUCAUCCACAUCACCCUGCAGUCGUUCUUGGCUGCGUUUGCUCUGGUGUUGGACGAGCAGGUUCCUGGCAGCUCCAUCCUCCGGUUUUUCACAGAAUGCAGCAGGAGGAGAGAACCGUGUUGUCUCCCUCUAGCUUUCUGUAUCAGCAGCUCUGUAAAGCCCAGCGAGAAGAAGCCAUUUGCAACAAACGAGCACCUGCAGUUCACAAAUCUCUUCCUGUGCGGACUGCUGUCAAAGACCCAAGCACGUCUCAUGGGGCAGCUAGUUUCCCCGGUUUUACUAAAGAAAAAACGAGCCUUGCUGAAGGCUUACUUGUCUACUUCUGUUAAGGUUCACCUGGAGGGCUUACCCCAACAUACUGCUGAUGAAGGCAAGAAGGUCCACGUGUUGCCCCACUUCCUUUGGAUUCUACGAUGCAUCUUUGAGACAGGGAGCAAGGACAUUGCUGAAAUGACAGCAAAAGGCAUCACAGCGAGCUUCAUCAAGCUCGGCUACUGUAACGUGUACUCGGGCGACUGCACGGCCAUAAACUUUGUGCUGCAGCACCGUCAGAAGCUCCUGGGACUCGACAUGGACAACAACAACAUCAGCGAUUAUGGGGUGAAGCAGCUCCAGCCUUCGUUUUGCAAGAUGACAGUUGUGAGAUUGUGUGUCAAUAAUCUCUCAGACAGCAGUAUUGAGGUUCUGGCCGAAGAACUUUGCAAACACAAGGUUGUGAAGGUUUUGGGGCUUUACAACAACAACAUCACUGAUGCUGGAGCCCAACUGGUCGCUCAGAUAAUCGAGGAAUGCCCUCAGCUAAAAGUUGUCAAGAUUGGUAAAAACAGGAUCACGAGUAUCGGUGGAAGGUAUUUGGCCAACGCAGUGAAGAAGAGCGCUUCCAUAUUUGAUGUGGGGAUGUGGGGAAACCGCAUUGGUGAUGAGGGAGCACAAGCAUUUGCUGAAGCCUUGAGGAGCCACCCAAGUCUCACCAACCUCAGUCUGUCAGCCAAUGGCAUCACAUCGGAGGGAGGGAAGUGCCUGGCAGAAGCACUGAAGGAGAAUAGUGUCCUGAGGAUUUUCUGGUUGGUGCAGAAUGAGAUGACGGAUGAUGCAGCUCCACACUGGGCCAGUUUAGUUCAAGCAGACACGGGGCUGAGCCACCUUUGGUUAAUCAGCAACAGGUUUACCGCUGCUGGGAUCCAGCACUUUGCUGAAGCUCUGGCUUUCAACACGAAGCUCAAGGAGAUCUGUGUAAAAGGAAACCAGCUCUCUAAAGAGGAACAGCAACAGUUUGAGUUAGAGAAACGGCUCCGGUUCCACUGAAAGGACCGGCAUGCUCUCCCUGGAUCCAAAAUAUGAAAACGUUUACUGCUGCAGCGCAUCAGCCAACACAAUAUCCCAUCUCUGCACGGGUUAGGUUGGAAAACUACAGCGUGGAUAGAUUGGGACUGCAGCAACAG